UUAACGUUUAACGUUCACUUUACUGCAGAAUCUUUAAUCAUAAUAAAUUCAUAACGUAAAUUUAAAUUACUCGUUUUUUAAUUACCUCAUCGACUUUUUAGACUUUUCAAAUUUAAGUAUUAUUUAUUUAAACAAAUUGUGUAUAAUAUAUUAUAAUAUUGUGUAUCCAUUAGUAGUAAAUUAUUUGGAAGAAAAUUAGAUUUUUUUUUCUAAUUUGUCAUGUUUAACUUAAACAAUUGUGUUCAACGCAAUGGCUAUAGAAUUGACAAAUGGCUCUAUCGAGCUUCCUGUUGUAUGUUGUAGAAACUAUGUAAUGGUGUAUUCGUACAACGACCAAUUGUACAAUUAAUGGGUUUUGAGGCUGUACAGGUGAAAUCCAAUGAAACAAAUUAUCGCUUAGUGUUAUCAGAUGGUGUCCAUAUGAAUUCUUAUUUUUUCCUAUACAGUCAGUUGAACGAUUUGAUUGUAAAAAAACAAGUGAAGUAUGCAACUAUAUUGAGGAUUGAUGAGUACAAAUUUAUGAAUGGAGAAAAUCCCACUAAUCAUAGUCCAAGAUGGAUUAUACUCAUUCAGAAAGUAACAGUGUUAAUUCAUAGAAAUGUUUAUGGAAAUCCACAGCCUUUAAUAAAUGUCGAAAAAAAAGAAAUGCCAUUGAAAAAUUUAAAUAUGAAUAAAUGUCCUAGUAGGGUAUUCUAUUGUGUGGAACAGUUGGAAAACAAUCUUAUUAAUGUUAAAGAUUUGACUAACAUGUCCAAUGGGAAUUGUCCUUUUAUUCUUAAAUUGACUGUUGUAAAAAAAAGUUCAAUCAAUACAUACAGUAGUUGCAGAAUUUUAAAUAUCAAUAUGAUAGAUUCUACGGGUGUAGUACGUGUCAGUGCAUUCAAUUUACUUGCAGAUACCAUAAAUGAAAUAUUUGAGGAAAAUAAAAUGUAUUAUAUAGCAGACACAAUAUUGAAACACAACCAAUUUGGCUGUGAACUAAAACUCCAAUCUCAUUCAGUUAUAAUUGAAUGUAUUGAUCAAGUUAAGCCAAAAGUGCAAUGCAUAAUAACAUCUAAUUUUAAUACAUUAUUAGAAAACAGUCCAAAUACGUUUUGUGAUUUAAUUGGAGUGUGCAUUGAAGUGGGUGAUAUGGAAGUCUGCAGUAAUAUAACUGCUCAAACAGAAGUUGCAAAACGAGAGAUUGUAUUAAUCGAUAUAUCAAUGGCUACUAUAACUUUAAAAGUGUGGGGUGAACAAGUUGACAAAUUUAAUGAGAAAUUUGAUGAUCCACCAAUUGUUAUGGUUAAGCAAGCUGUACUAAAACAAUUCAAUGGGACCAAGUAUUUUUCCAUGGUCAAAUUUAGUGUUUUGUUCAUCAAUCCAAAUGUACCAGAAGCACAUCAGUUAAAAGAGUGGUAUAAAGAAUUAGUUCUAAUGGAAGACUUUUAACAGUAAAGUAAUGAACUCACAAUAUUUAAGCAUUUCCAUUUAAAGUUGGUUUUUAUAAUUAACGCAUUUGUACACAGUUCUGUUAUUAAAUUUUUUUUAUUUUUGCUAAAAUUAUUUGUUUGUAAAAAUACUUAAAUGUGAUUUGAAAAGCAUAAUACCAACAAAAUAUAAUUUUGUUAUCAUCUUC